AUGGCGAUAACUGAGGAUAUUCAGUCUCUGGCAGCAGACUCAAUCACCACGAGCAGAAGAGUUUGUUGCUGUGCUUCAUCCUCAGAAGAACGUCUCCGAGAGCAUCUCUUCCCACCAGACUACAACCAAUGGGCUCUUCCAAAUAAAAAUGCUUCUGAUGUUCUCUUCAUUUGGUUCGGGCUUGCCAUCUCUCAAAUAGUAGAUGUGGAUGAGAAAAAACAGGUUUUAACAUCCAAGGUUUGGAUGAAACAAAUGUGGCAUGAUUAUCAUUUCACAUGGGAUCCAGCAGACUUUGGUAACAUCACUAACAUCAAGGUCCCAAGCCCUCAAAUAUGGAUUCCAGAUAUCAUGAUAUAUAACAACGCAAAUGGGACGUAUGAUAUGAAAUCUCAUGCAUGGGCGAACAUAUAUUUCAACGGAACAGUGUUUUGGUUCCCUCCUGCUGUUUACAAGAGUGCAUGUAAGAUCGACGUCCAGUACUUCCCCUUCGACGAGCAGAAGUGCGUGAUGAAGUUUGGUUCCUGGUCUUAUGACCAUCAUAAGAUAGAUCUCAUCCCUGUCAGCGAGAGCGCAGAGAAGAAAGAUUAUUGGGAGAAUGGAGAAUGGACGAUUGUUCAAUCUCCUGCGGAGAGACACGCUGUCAAAUAUCCAUGUUGCGAGGACAUCUACGUUGAUGUGACAUAUUAUUUUGUCUUAAGAAGGAAACCUCUGUUUUACUUUGCUUACUUACUGCUCCCUUGUGGAAUUAUUUCAUUUAAUACGGUGCUUGUGUUCUACCUCCCGCCAGACAUCACGGGUAAGAUGUCCCUUUGUACCUCUGUCCUUCUCUCCAUGGUAUGGUUCCUCCUCCUCGUCACACAGUGCAUACCUUCCAAUGCUAAUAGCUUCCCUCUCAUUGUCAAGUAUCUCCUCUUCACCAUGACCAUCGUAGCUUCCUCAAUCGUUCUUACCGUCUUCGUCCUCAACAUACGACAUCGGUCGCCGUACACGCACAUCAUGCCACAGUGGGUCAGGACGGUCUUCGUUGACUUGUUACCAAGGUUUGUUGGAUUGCAGCGUCCAAAUCAGAAGAGGAAAAGAGAAUUGCACCAUAGCGUGAACCUCUCUGGACGCGACUCGAUAGCUGCCUGUAAUCACAUCGACGCCAUGAUGACGGAGACUUCUUCACAUUCCUCCGAAGCGGACAACGACUUAAUGCAAGCCCACCUAUCACAUCAAUCAUCCCACAACUACAGUGUAGAGAAGAACUCAAGACCCAAGGAAAAUAACGCCAAGAUGAACGCUGGCAACAUGAAUCCUGCCGUCGAGCCACUCCUCAACUGUAUGCUGGCUCAAAAGAAUAUGAAAGCAGAACGUUUCUUUACACCGUUCAACGAAAAGAACAACGCUAUUCCCCAUUACAUCAUCCCCGAUGAGUUAACGCAGAACACGCACAGUGGACAUGGUCACAGUCAUGUGGAGAACAAUAUUCGGUCAAGUAGUCAUACCCCUACUAGCAAGAAGCGGCCACGACCACUACUCCAAGAGGAGCCACCACUCCAGUACAUGGUGGCUCAGCAAACAGUAGAAGACAUCAUGUACCUCACAUCACGUAGUAUUAACAAUGAAUAUGCAACUAAGGCAAGAGAAGAAUGGAAGAUCGUUGCAAUGGUGAUCGACAGAAUAUUUCUUAUCAUAUAUUUGUGUGCUGUUUUCAUCGGGACAUUAUCCAUAGUACUCGAAGCACCACUUGCAAGGGAUUUUUUCAUGGACAUUUUGUUCCGAAAUGGGACGACAUUUAGCGAGGACAGUGCGGAAAUGAACGAAGCGUGUAGUACUUACUUCCCGAUGUAGGACAAAUUUACCGAACGUAAGGUAAUCGCGUUCUUUCAGCAACCUUUUCGGAGGUACUCUCCACCAGGAACAGUGCGGGGAUCCAAUCCUGUGUAUUUUAAAAGACUACGUAGAGGUACUAAAAGGGUACUUUCGAGGAGAAAGGAAUAUUGCGGUUAAGAAGACCAAGGAGAAACUGGAAAUUAUUAUUGAUAUAAUAGCAGGUGUUCCCGACAACUAAUAUGAACGAGUUUCGUUUUUCCUUCCUAACUUUUAUACUCAGUGUGAAAAAUAUUUAUAAAAAAUCCGGAGUGGUGUUGAAGAUUUUAAUAAUAUAGGCCUACAUGUACAGAUAUAAAAUGCUGAUAUUUUUUCCCCCCAUUGUUGCAUGUGCGAUGCGAAUACUCACAAGAAUGUGAUAUACAGUAUAAGCAGAAUGGUCUAACUUGAGGAGAAUGGCUGUAAAUUUCCUGCCAUGUAAUCAAGAAAUAGAAUAUGUUACCAGCAAGAUUCCGCGGCUUGUAAAAUUAAUUUGACAACUUCAGCUACAAGGUCGUGAAAUUAGAUGAAUGUUUAUGUGGACAUUUUCCAUCUCGGGGAAAGAAAAAAAAAUAGGCAAGAUACAUCUGAACCGACCUCAUGAAAAAAGAGAAAUGGGGGAAAAGGUGAGGGUGGUGAUCGAGACAGAUGGAGAAAAAGAAUAUGUAUGCAAGGGUGCGUGUGAACUAUGAAAGAAAAGGGUGUGUGCGUGAAAGAUCAGGG